AUGAGUUUAGAAUUAUUAUCAAAUGAAUUAUUACUAGAUAUAUUUGAAUAUAUUCAUUCAGUUGAACUUAUUCGAUCUUUCUACAGUCUCAAUAAACAUUUUAACAAUUUGAUCUUGAUUCAUAUUGAAACUUUUGGUCUUGAUUUUCGAUCAACAUCGAAACAAGAUUUUGAUAUUGUUUCUCAAUUAUAUCUUCAAUCAAUUAAACAUCGAAUUAAUUCACUUAGACUUUCAACUGAUGACGAUGAAACUCCUGAACAAAUUCAUUUAUUUCAUUCUUAUGGAUGGAAUUUCAAUAAAUUUCCAUAUCUUCGAUCUCUCUCAUUACAUCGUAUUCGUUUUGAUAAGACAACAAAUAAUACUUUAUCAAAAUGUUUUCAUUUAACUAACUUAACAUUAACUAAAUGCUGUUUUCCAUACACACAAGCUGAUAUUCGUCAUUUUAUGAAUGAUAUUUGGAAUUUACCUAAACUGAAAUAUUUUUAUUUGGAUACUUAUACAAAAUAUGACGUUAGUUUUCCAGCACUAACUAAUUCUUCAUCUUCUAUCGAACAUUUAUCUAUCAGUGGUUUUUGUAAUCUUGAUCGUCUAUUAGUUCGUCUAUAUCAUAAUACACCUUAUCUUCGAUAUUUGACUGUAAAUUUAGAUUGUAUUAAAAAAAAGUUGCAAGUAUCAAUUCGAUCAAUAAAUGAAUUAAAUUUAUCUUUCAGUCAUGACCGAAAGAAUAUAAUAGAAGAUUUUUUACAACAUGUUCCUAAUUUACAUCGAUUGAAAAUUGAAAUAGAUUCUAUUGAAAUUGAUGGAUAUGUAUGGGAAAAGAUCAUUAGAAAUUAUUUACCAAAACUUGAAAAAUUUCAAUUAAAAAUGAAAAUUACGGUUGAAAAUCAAAACAACAAUCAAAUUUUAUUGAAUUCAUUUCGAACUCGAUUUUGGCUUGAAGAACAUCAAUGGUUUGUUGAAUAUCAUUUCAAUACAAAUGAUUGCAAUCGAUUCGCUUAUAUUUAUACAUUACCUUACAGUUUUACUGAUUUCAAUAUUUUUUUGCCAAAUCGAUUUGAAUCAACAUGUUCUAAUGAUAAACAUUAUUGUCCAUAUGAUAUUAACUUUCAUAAUAUAAAUCAUCUUUCAAUAAAACUUCCUGCUUGUUUGCAUAUUUUAUUGCUUAUUGAGCGAUGCCAUCGAUUAACUUCAUUAGAAAUAUCAAGAUCGGAAAAUAUGUCGAAUGAAGAUACUCAAUUAGAAAUUCAAACUUUACUAGAUCGUACACAUUAUCUUCAUUCAUUUAAAUUUAAUUCAUAUUCAAAAUUUGAUUAUUUUUAUGAGAAUGAACCAUCCAUGAAUGAAAAAGUAAUACCAAUUGUAAUGAGAAGUCCACCUAUUCGACGAGUUAAUCUACUUGGUUGUGAUACGUGGUUUACUGGUGAACAACUUAUUCAAUUAAGUCGUUCGCCACUUAUGACUCAUUGUCAAACACUUCUUAUCAAAGUUAAAAAACGAAAAACUAUACGUACUAUUAUCAAUAUAAUGCCUAAUCUUCGAGCAUUAGUUGUUCGAUGUCAACAAGAUCAUUUUAAAUUCUAUUAUUCAUCAACACAAGAUUCACUUCUUCAUUGGUUAAAAGGCAACUUAUCAUCAAUGUGUUUUAUUAAACGAAAUCUUCGUUUCAUUCAUCAAAUUCAAAUAUGGAUUCAUCGAUAA